GGCGUGGCCAGGACAGGUGAGCCGGGAGGGGGCACAGAGAGGCAGAGGGGAUCGUGCGCGACACUCCGCCGCCGACACCGGCCAGCGCAGACACGCGCGCGGGACGAGCGCAAGAGAGAUCUCGGUAUCUAUUGAAAAGUGUCCACGGAGCGUCCCGAGAACCCGGCCGGGAGGGGAAAAAAUUGGGGUGAGUCCGAUCCUCCGCGGCGGGGCGUCGAUCCUCUGUAGAUGGGGGUUCUGACUAGUCGGCUGGGUCCCAAAACUGAAGCUCACCAGGAAUUUGGAAAUUCAAAUCCCCCCCCCAAUUUCUCCUUCGAAACUUCCUCUCUGCUUCCCGGAGAUUUAAACACACACGCGGAGACCCCGAGAGCAGAAGUCGAGCCCCACAUAGCAAGCUGCGUGGGGGGUGGCUGGGUGGGAAUUUCCUUAAGGCUCUUUUUCCUCUCCACCUCCCCACUACCCCCCCCGGUCACCUGCUUUCCCCAGAUCCCUUCUUCUCCCCCACCCCCACUUCCCAAUAAGAGGUGAUGUUAUCAUGUUAGGACGCAAAAAGGCAUGUUGGGGAUAAGAUCGGGGCGGGCGUGAGCCGUUUUCCCACCCCAGUUUUUUAAAGCCUGGUUUUGUCGGGGGGAGGGCAAUCUUUUGGAAGUCACGCCCGUUUUUCUCUCUCCCUGGCUUCAUACCAGUGAAUGGAGCCAAUUGAUUGUAUGGGUAUAUUGCACUAUUUGUUUCUGUGGAUCGAGAGUUACGUUUCUGGGGAGGGGGAUGUUUCCCCUCUUUUUUGGGGGGGGGGAUCACUCCACCAUUCCAGGCCCUUUUGAGAGUGGAUGAACUCUGUCCCUCCUUUGACAGGUUCCUUGUUUACUCCCCCCCCUUCUUGAGUUUGAAGAUUCCCAGCUUGGGGGGCUAUUUUUACCAAUUCGCAAAGGUUUCCCAGCAACGUGGCUGGUGCCAGGGUAUUCCUGCCACGCCUGGGCCUUGGCGACUUUGGAGAGGUCAGGAUCCUCUCCACUGUUUAUCCUUUGCCCUCUCUGCGCUGUGGGUUGCACUGCCCUGGCAUAAACUGUGGGCAUGUUAUUGUGUGCAGUUCCCCCCCCCCCCAUCAUCAUAUGCCACCCACACCCCCUGUCACAAAAUCUUCUUGUCCAGCCAGGCAGGCAGGUUGCCAGGGGGUGGGCCGCGUGUGCCCGCCAAAAAGGCGUCGUUCAAAUAAUGGUGGAGCUGGUUUUAAUUGUUGGACCUGUUAGGUUUGAAUAGGGGUGAGACAUGACCAUGACUUGUCCUCGUCUGAGCUGGAGAUGGUGCUAAGGGCAGGUGGGCAUGGUUGAAGGAGAGCAGGCAGUGCCCCACGAGUGCCCAGUUGCUGGACUGUAACCUGGGGGGGGGGACUUUCUUAGGACGUGAGCUUCCUUGUUAGCUAGAGUUGCUGUCGGGCUUGGAUCCCACCUUGCUGCUGUUGCAGGAUUCCUUGCUUCCGUAUUUGACUCCAAAUACCUUAUCCCACUGAAGCUAAGACCCAGCCAUUCUUGUGAGCAAGAAGAAGCUGGGGUGGCACCUGUGGCUUCAGCGCUGCCAGGGAGGGAGGGGCCCAACUGGGAUCUUGUCCCAUGUGCCUCCAUCCCCGCUUCUCACUCUCUACCACCCGCAAGCGGGGAAUGAAUGGCAAGUAAGCAGAAAGCUGUUUUACCUGCCUGGCACGCGAGUGGUGAAAGCAGGCCUUGUCUCAAAUGCAGAAGUGCCCUUUGGAAUCCAAAGGGUAUGAUUCUUAAGGUGCCCGUUUUGCUUGGGUGCUGUGUUGGUAAGAAUUGAGUGGGUGGCUUCUCUUUUUUUCCCUUUUCCUUUUGGGCAAACUUUACUAGUUGGACUCUGCCCUCCCAAGUUACACCCAGCCCCACUGAUUACCCUUCCCUCCCUUAACAGGGAUGUGUGUAUAGGUGUGCUCACCUUGGCAAGACUGGCAGCACCCUGUGAGUUUCCUACAGGCAACUGGUUGGCCGCUGUGAGAUCAGGAUGCUGGACUAGAUGGGCCAUUGGCCUCAUCCGGCAGCUGGCCUCCUCUUCUGUUCUUAUUGGGAGCCUUGAUUCUUGGGGUGGGACUUUUGCUUGGGGUUUCUCCUGACUGUUCGGCUUUCCUCACCCUCCGGGGUGUCCUGAAACAAGUUUGUAAAGUUAGGACAAAGGGGGAGCUUCCUUCUCUCCCUCCUCCACUUUCAGUGGAAUGAAAUGCACCUUAUGGUCCAGAUGGUAAAAAAAAAAAGAGCAAUAUUAUUGGUAGCACUACAAGGAAAGUGCUUUAAACAUAUUAAAAUAAGGAGGAGUAUUCCUACUUUUAGGAAGUCUGCUUAACAUCGAAGUCGAUGAGUGAGAGAGUUACAAGGACGGGGAGAAAAAGGAAGAAAAAUGUGAUAAUUUGAAUCCAAUAACUGUUUUCUUUUCUGAAGUACAUAUAUUUUUUAUUGGCUCACUGAAUAAAACUUUCAAAUCGAUCAUGAUAUGACAAUGGAAGAUUCCUUAGCUAUGUAUUUUAAACUAAGGAAUCUCCCAUCAUAGCUGUGGUGGUUUCCGAGCCUGGCAAGAGUUGCUAGCUCCUAGAAAACAGCCCUUUCCCACUUUUGUUUCUUGUAAAUACAGCCCACAAGAAAGAGUCACCAUCCUCUGCCCCUUGACAAUAAAACUAUUCCAUCCGUCUUAUUUCAGCGUACAGAAUAAUAUAGAUGGCCCAUAUGGCCAAACAAGUCUGAUUGAUAAGACUGAUGAAUACAGUACUAUAAGCUAUUAUGUUCCAAUGUUGUUGGACUGGCAAUCUCUCCUAGGCUGGUGAGCCCGGUUAAUGACCCAGAUUAGCAACUCGGAAUCCAGAACUUGGAAGUGGUGGUUACUCCUGGAGACUGAACGCAGGGUGUGAUCUUGUCUGUGUGGCAUCAGAAUUUUGUGGGGUCUUUGACGGUUUUGUUCGUGUGGAUCUGACGUUCUCUUCUUCCUUAUCACAACACCUUAAUACUUUUUUAAACAUCAUUGAAAUAUGGAUAUUAGCUCAGUGGUAGUGUAUCUACGUUGCAUGGAGAAGGUCUCGGGUUCAGUUCUUUGGCAUCUCCUGAUAGGGCCGAGAAUGCUCUCUACUUGAAACCUGGGCUGCUACCAGUGUUUUCCAAACUUGGGUCCCCAGCUGUUUUUGGACUACAACUCCCAUCAUCCCCAGCUAGCAGGACCAGUGGUCAGGGGUGAUGGGAAUUGUAGUCCCAAAAAAAUAGUGGGCAACCCAAGUUUGGGAAACCCUGGUGUACAGAACUGGAUGUACCAAAGGCCGCUUUGCUAUGUUCCUAUAAGUCUCUGCUUCUUAUGCCGGCUGGGAGGUUGUCUCCCCCCAGCUAGAUUAUUUUAGCACUCUGAUUUUGACUUCUACCGGUAUGUUUAUAUUAUAUUGUCUAAGUAUAUAUAUUGUGAUUUCUGUUUCACAAAUAGGAUGCUCUUAAUAGUUCUAAAGGCUUCAGUUGGACACUGUCUCCAGAAAACCAGAGAAUUAGUGGUGAGCCGCAUCCAACUAAGUUAUACUCAGAGUAGACCCACUGGCCCAAUGUUAAUCAUGCCCAUUCGUUUUGCUGUGCCUACUCCGGGUAUGAUUAAGAGCUUGGAUGCAACCUCAUAACCACCCGUUCCGUCUCGACGUUCGGUCCUUCGCACCCACGCAGCACUCACUGCCCCAGUCGGGACGUGGGUCAUGUCCAUACCAUACAUUUAAAGCACUCUUAUGCCACUUGAACCAUCAGGGCUACCCCCUUGCCCCAAAGGAUCCUGGGAACUGUCAAGGGAAUUGUAGCUUUGUGAAGGUGAGAACCAUAGUUUCUAGGAUUGGCGGCCAAUCCCGCUUCCCAGGGAGCUCUGAGAAUUGCAGAUCUGUGAGGGCAAAGAUGAGGGGGUCGCCGAACAACUCUGCCCCCUGAGCAAACUACAGUUCCCAGGAUUAACAAGCAAUCUCCCUUCCCAGGGAACUCUGGGAACUGUAGCUCAGUGACCGAAUGACUUUCAGCCCCCUUGGCAAGCUACGGUUUCCCAGGAUUCUUUGGGGGAAGAAGAAUAAUUUGGCUGCUGAAGUAAUACAGUAAUAAGAAUAAUGAUAAUUUAUUAUUUGUACCCCACCCAUCUGGCACGAGAGCAUGGAUCGUAAGCUCUUCUCGUGUGUAAAGGUGGACACACAGUUCUUUGCCCACCUGCAUGGCAGAGGAGGAAGGGUGACGGUUCUUGACCUGCGGAGGCUGCGAGGCGAGCCAGGCUCACCCGCCUGUUUGCGCAGACCCACCUCCCUGAGGGCUCUGAACCGGCAGCACAAGGGUGAGCAAGGUGGGGAGGCAGCUAAGAAUACACCUGCGCCAUGUCCCCAGGUGUCCUCCUCAUGUGCCGGAGGUGGGGGGAGGGGGGGCUUGUGAGGCAACAAAGUGGAUUGUAGGUUGGCGUGUGUGUGUGUGUGUGUGUGUGUGUGUGUGUGGAUGGGGAAGAGCAAUAAAUAGCAGGCAAGGACGUGAGGAAGGUAAAUGCUGGGAUUAAGGCAUCCCAAAAUUAAACUGAGCCCCACCCCUGGUACCUCUUUGGCAGCCCGUCUUGGUUUUAACUCCCCCCCCCACACUUUUGUUUUGUUCGUUUGGUAAGAUUUGUGCACCGCUUGAUUGUUUUUUAAAAAAAGAGAAAAAGCCUAAAGACUGUGUACAAAAACAGUUAAAUGGUUCGAGAAGACCAAUCAACAACAAUGAUUUAAAAUAUAUUUUUUAAAAAAAUUUAAUUAGAAUGACGGGAAGCUGGGUGUUAUUCAGCCACGCUUUAUCCCUUAAAAGUGAUAUGCGUGAUUAAGGCUCAUUAAUUUCAGUGGGUGCUUGUGAGAGAAACGUAACUGAAUGUCACCAGCUUUUCCAUAAUGAUGGCGUUUUGUGCUGGCUGACUGGUUAGGCUUUCUUCUGAGCAUGUGCAGAGUAUCAGAUGCAGUACUUAUUUGCCUCAGACACCAGCCUGUUUGUGUGCGAAGAUGUGCACCUAGAAACGCAACUAAGCAGAUAAAAUUGCCACUGUGUGUGUGUGAAUAUUCUGAUAUCGCCAGCUACACUUGCAGUGUAUUUUGCUGUAAAGCCCUCAGUUCAUUUGCAUGCAUUAAGAGGGAAAUGCAGAUUUUAAAACGAUCCUCAGAGCAUGCGCUAAGUUCCCUUCCUUUCUUCUCUGAUAGAGAGCGGGUGUCGACUAAGCAUGGUUUUGAAACAGCUGUGUCGAAACCCAGGUUUCCAGCUGCAUCACUGCUUGAGACUCGCACUUAGUAUUUUUUUCUAAUAAAAAGAAGAAAAAGCCCUGGGAUGUGGGAGGGGGCGUUUACACUUAUGGCCUAUUUUUGGCCUUGCUUUUCGCUUAGCUGGGUGGUCUCGUGGGUUGAGUCUUUGGGGACUCCUUCCCUGCUUCUUGCUCCUGCAGCCUGGGCAGAAAUUCAACAGGUGCAGCAUUCCCCUCCCCACCAACCCAUGUCCUUCCUGAAAGUUUUGCUUUUUCUAUCUGUUAAAAGGGUGUGGGUGUGUGGGUGUUUUGCUGGUGACUCCAAAUGCCAGGUUUGAAACCGCUGACGGGCGAGGAGGUUGGGGUUUCGGAGGCCCGAGGGACGGCCAGUGAUGCAACAGGGUCCGCCACAAUGUCUGCCCGCUCUCCGGCCUGGCUGGUGCUCCGCUUUCUGCUCUUGGUUUUGGAGCCGUGGCCUAGUUGGGCCGGCUGCGCCCAACGUGGCCUGGUUGCCGUGGGAGCCUCGGCUUCUGCUGCGAGGCGGGAGCAGCCAUUCCGCCUCGCAGCAGCCAGCCUCCUCAGGGGGAGGCUGAUGAAACCGUGGAGAAAUCUCCCUCCGUGUGCCGCGCCCUGUUCUCUGCUGGAGGUGCCCCCCUCCCUCGCCGCCCCAGGGUGGGGGACGACGCUGCCCCUGAGCUCCUCCGCGCUCCAUGGCAACCCUGCGUGGCACACAUCCCCGGCCUGGCUGCCGUACCCCAGGCGAGGCCUGUAACAGGAGCCUGGCUUGGCAGGGGGAAACCUGCGACGAACUGGGCGCAGUGCCAACCGGUUGGCACAGCCGAGCCGAGGGAGGGCGAGGAGGGCUCGCCCACCAACCUUUCCCUUUCUUUUUUCCUGCAGCUUCCUUGGGAGCACCAAACAGUUUGCGUGCUGCUGCUGCCGCUGCUGGUGCUACCCCCCCCUGCCCCCAGCACCAGUGCCAAGGCGACUUGGCGAAGAAAAAAGUACCGGUUGCCAGUACUUGUGCCACUGUGCCCGGCUGAAGGAGGCAAUGGAAAGGCAAGGGGGAGAAUCCUGUUUGCAAACUGAUAUUUGAGGGGGCGCUUGUUUCUGUGCGCAAAGAAAGUGGGUAGCCUCCCCUGGCAACAGUUGGUAUGACUUGGCAAAGUUCCCCUCCCUGGGGUGGCGGGUGGGGUGGGGUGGGGGGAGAGAGAGAGCAGGUGACGAGUCGGAAGCAGAAGUGGGUCAGGCCUUGCUGCUGUGCCGGGGCCGGGCAGGGCUCGGCGGGCACUGUUGCCACAACCCUCCUGACACUUCAGCUGCUCUUUCACCAGCCACAUGGGCACCGGAUGGGGUGAGGCAAUGGGAAGCCCCGAGGAUGACUUGAUUGGGAUCCCUUUCCCAGAACACAGCAGUGACCUGCUGGGCAGCCUCAACGAACAGCGCCGGAGGGGAGUUCUCUGCGACGUGACCUUACGGGCCCAGGGAUCGGAGUACCGGACCCACCGGGCAGUUCUGGCAGCGUCCAGCCGCUACUUCCGGCGGCUCUUCGCGGGGCCCGGCAUGGGCGUCUGCGAGCUGGAUUUUGUGGGGGCCGAGGCACUGGGCGCCCUGCUGGACUUUGCCUACACUGCCACCCUGACCAUCAGCACGGGCAGCCUGGCAGAGGUGCUGCGGGCCGCGCGCCUCCUCGAGAUCCCCUGCGUCAUCAAGGCCUGUGUCGAGAUCCUGCAGGGAAACGGCUUGGAAGCACCCGUCCCUGAUGACGCCGCCCGCGAGCGUGCCCACCGCUACCUGGAGGCCUUUGCCACCCUACCCAACGCCGAGGGUGACCUGCCCGAGCCGCCCGUCUACCCGGCCCCCCGCCGCAGCAAGAAGAUCCGCAAAUUCCUACAGGCCAAGGGCUCCCGCCUCAACAACCACCUCGCCGAGCUGUCGCAGUCGCCGUCCCCUUCGUCGACGGGGACGCAGGAGCGGCCGAGCCCCCCCAGCCAUGCCUCUCCGGUGCCAGUCCUCGCGCACCCCCACGAGGACGAGGUGCUGGCGCCCUCUCGCGCCUUCCCGUACCCGUACGCCCCCGGCCUCUCGCCGGAAGACCUGGGCUCGGACGAAGAGGCCACCGAACACGACAUCAUGUCCUACAUGCGGGCGCUCAACCCGGAAGUGCCCUCCCUGGGCCUCGACCCCCCGGACAAGCUGGUGCGCAAGCGGCGCUCGCAGAUGCCCCAGGAGUGCCCCGUCUGCCACAAGGUCAUCCACGGCGCAGGCAAGCUGCCUCGCCACAUGCGCACCCACACCGGGGAGAAGCCAUUUGCCUGCGAGGUCUGCGGGGUCCGCUUCACACGGAACGACAAGCUCAAGAUCCACAUGCGUAAGCACACGGGAGAGCGCCCCUACUCCUGCCCGCACUGCACGGCCCGCUUCCUGCACAGCUACGACCUGAAGAACCACCUGCACCUCCACACGGGCGCCCGUCCCUACGAGUGCUGCCUAUGCCACAAGGCCUUCGCCAAGGACGACCACCUGCAGCGCCACCUCAAGGGCCAGAACUGCCUGGAGGUGCGCACCAGGCGCCGGCGCCGCGGGCCCGAGCCCGACUCCUUGCCUGCCGCGGGGACGCCCUCGGCCGACCACGACUUGACCAACGGGCAGGCGGAGGGGCUGGGCCUCUCGCUCGCCCGCGGCUACUGGGAUCCGGCCCGCGCCCAGCAAGCCCUGUCUCCUCACGUCAAAGAGGAGGAGGACGAGGAAGAGGAGGAGGAGGAAGGCCUCGAGGAGGGAAUGGCGACGGACGACGGGCCGGCGGCGGAGGCAGAGGCGGAAACGGCGUAGGCUCCCCCCCCCAGACUAGGCCUCAGGCCUUCUUUGCUUUGGCCGUUGCCACGGCGACUCCGGGGACUAGGCCGUGGUCCAGGCCUGGAUGCACUAUUUCCCCACCCUUUCUGUUGCCGCGGCGACGGAGACGAGAUGCACUAUGACCCGCCCCUCCCUGGCGCACUGAUUUGGUGCCUUUAGCAGCCCCUCAAAGGUGUAAGGGGGCAGUUAAUGAACCAAAGCAGGUGGGGUUGGGGUGGUGGGAGGGCAGAAAAGCAAGGGAGAGGGUUCAUAUGCUCAGGAUCAAUGAAAUAAGCAAUUAAAUAGGGGUAGCGCUAUUUGGGAGGGGGGUGGCGUGGGAGGGAAUCCUGAUUUUUUCCCCUAAGAAAACAAGAGAAUUAUAUAACUUUGGGAAGGGGGGGAGUGGUUGGUGGCCCCCCCAGACCCUGCACUUUUGGGGGGUGCUCUGACCCCCACAUUAGGGAGGCUAGGAUGGGACGACUAGAUUUAUUUAUUUUUCUUAAGGCGAAAAUGUCAGGUUGAGGAGCUUUUUAGGAGUGUGCCAGGUUUCCUGGCUUUGAUCCCUGCAGAAUUUUAUUUCUGAGGAGGCAGGAGAAAGAAAAGAAGAUCUUUAUAUUAUUCUGGGCCCAGAGACUGGAACCUGCUUUUUGAGGAGGGGGUGAGGGGGAGGCCCUUACCUUUGCAUGGUGGGGAAGGGAAAGCAGGGGGUGUUUUUUCCACACCACCCAGGGACGGUGCCUGCUCCCUAUAUCGACUGCACCUCCUUUUUUGCACAGAGAGCCCCCUGCUCGGCCCUCGACGCUUCCUGGUGGCGUCCUUGCACAGUGCAAUGGGCUGGUCCCAGCAGCAACCCGUCCCCCCCCCCAGCUUGUUUUUUUGGGGGUAGGAGGAUGCCCCCGAAACAAGGCUUCUGACCCACAUCCCCAUAGCUCUUCCACACCAAGACCCAGAACUCCUUGCAAGAAGAUUGGUUUUAGCACUUGGCGGGGGACGGACCAUCAACUUGGGGUUUGCCUCCUCCACCCAAAAAAACCCCUCCCCACAGAAGUUUCAUUCCACAGCAACAGGUGUCAGGUAAACCUUUGCACAAAAAGGCAACGACCCCGUUGUGUUGACACAACACCCCCCACCCCACUUUAAUUUUCCUCCUCCACCAUUGCACUAGGGUUUUUGCCUGCAAUUUGAGGGCGGGGAGGGUUCGGACUGACACACUCCUCGGUGGUGGUUAGGAAUCAGGUCUAACCCCUCACCCCCAUUUGCACAUUCCUAAAAUUUCUGGGGGCCCCCUCAUCUCUCUGGAGGGGGCAAAACAGCCGGUGGGUUGGGUUAGAGAGAGGUGGCGUUUGGGGAGCACAGGGGAAAGUCCGUCCCUAGAGUAUUAGCACAGAGUUUAAUCUAUAUUUAAGAGAUGAUGUAAUAUAUUAUUCCCCCCUCCCCAAACUCUGCUUUCCCUUCCACCCCCAACCCUGUCGCAAUUCCCCCCACCCUCCCCGCAGGUGUUUUUUUGGGGAGCCUCUCGUUAGGUGAAAAGAGGGAGGGCGGGUCUCUGGUGAGAGCCCCAUGUCGUCUUCCCUUUUUUUAAAAAAAAGUGCCUGUAUGUUUAAACUUGAAUCUUUAGCCUACUUGAAGUGCAAAGAAAAACCGCUUCUUCCACCUUACCCUGCAAUACCUCAGCUACACCUCACCCUGUCUUCCCUGUCUGGAAAAACCCCUCCUCUUAGACUCUUCCUGCAGCAGCGAUUUGGUGAUUUGGGGGGGGGGGGGGACAGCUGGAGAUAAAUGGGAAAAAAACACUCCCCUCAUUGCCUUUCUCUGGGCGCGCUAGCAAAAAUGUGCAUAUUUUCCCAGAUGGCUGUGGGGGCAGGUAUGUGGAAAAGACGGAUGGGGUGUUCACCUUCCCGCCCAUUUAAUUUGUUUUUUAAUAUUAUUAAUGUGCUGGUAUUCCCGGUGACUGUUGUCCGUUGAGGCUGCUUGACAAUAAAAAAGGAAAGCAGGGGAAAUUUUGGGUUUGCGUUGGUGUCUGUAGCCUUGCCUUCAUGGUCAAAAAUUCUCCCAGAAAAGGUGGAGCGAGGUGGCUUGCAUUACCUGCUGCACGUGGCAUUACCUGUGCCAGGAGGUGCCACUAGGCCGGCUGCUGCCACAUUGUGUGUGCAGUGCUUUUUUCUAUUAAAAAAAUAUGUUUAGGGGUACUCUAACCACCAUUUUAUAGUUCAACCACCAUUUUAUAGUUCAAAUCGGGGGAAAUAAAUACAGUAAAUGGACAAAAGUACAAAGAAUCACAAAAUGUUUAGGGGUAUAUGUACUAUGUCCCCCCAGAAGAAAAACAAAAGCACACACGCACACACACACACACACACACACACACACACACACACACACACACACAAUACACAUCAAUAGGAGUAUAGCAUCUAGAUCAAGGGAAGUAAUAGUACCACUGUAUUCUGCUCUGGUCAGACCUCACCUGGAGUACUGUGUCCAGUUCUGGGCACCACAGUUCAAGAAGGAUACUGACAAGCUGGAACGUGUCCAGAGGAGGGCAACCAAAAUGGUCAAAGGCCUGGAAACGAUGCCUUAUGAGGAACGGCUUAGGGAGCUGGGCAUGUUUAGCCUGGAGAAGAGAAGGUUAAGGGGUGAUAUGAUAGCCAUGUUCAAAUAUAUCAAAGGAUGUCAUAUAGAGAAGGGAGAAAGGUUGUUUUCUGCUGCUCCAGAAAAGCGGACAUGGAGCAAUGGAUUCAAACUACAAGAAAGAAGAUUCCACCUAAACAUUAGGUAGAACUUCCUGACAGUAAGAGCUGUUAGGCAGUGGAAUUUGCUACCAAGGAGUGCGGUGGAGUCUCCUUCUUUGGAGGCCUUUAAGCAGAGGCUUGACAGCCAUCUGUCAGGAAUGCUUUGAUGGUGUUUCCUGCUUGGCAGGGGGUUGGACUGGAUGGCCCUUGUGGUCUCUUCCAACUCUAUGAUUCUAUGAUUCUAUAUACACGUCUUGCACAAAUUCCUGCCCUGGAAGGGAAAAUAUGUGGCGAGCAAAACUCCUCCUCCUUCUACUACUGAGGGGUGACCAUGCUUUUUGGCUGUGGCUUCCACAUGGGGAUGUGGGAGAGGGUAAUAAUUAUAUCCAUGUAGCACCUCCAGCAAAACGCCGCAGGGAUUCGAGUGGCAAGAGAGGAGAUUCUUAUUAAACCUUAGGAAGAAUUUUUUUGACUGUGGGAUGGAGCACCUCAGAAGCUGGUGGACUCUCUAUCGGACGUUUUCAAACAGAGCCUGGACAGCCAUCUGUCAGAUACUUUAGCCGCAAUUCCUGCACUGUGCGGCCACUGAGAAUGCUCAGUCCUCACUGGACUGAUUUUAGGGUAUUCCUAGGGUAUUCCACCACGUCCCUUAAAGGUAAAGGGACCCCUGACCAUUAAAUCCAGUCGCGGACGACUCUGGGGUUACGCCGCUCAUCUCACUUUUACUGGCCGAGGGAGCCAGCGUUUGUCCGCAGACAGCUUCCGGGUCAUGUGGGCAGCAUGCCUAAGCCGCUUCUGGCGAACCAGAGCAGCACACGGAAACGCCGUUUACCUUCCCGCCGGAGCGGUACCUAUUUAUCUACUUGCACUUUGACGUGCUUUUGAACUGCUAGGUUGGCAGGAGCUGGGACCGAGCAAUGGGAGCUCACCCCGUCUCGGGGAUUCGAACCGCCGACCUUCUGAUCGGCAAGCCCUAGGCUCUGUGGUUUAACCCACAGCGCCACCUGCAUCCCAUACCAUGUCCCUUAGGCUUUUCCUAAAUACCUCUCAGGAUGUGUGUGACAUUUUGGCAAACCAAGAUUCCCUCCUGCUUGCGGGUGGAUGGUGCAAUUCUGACUGCUUAAGGACCAGCAUGCCCUGGCUGUAUAUUGAAAAUAGAAGGCACUGAUACCUAAUUUAUUGCCAUACAUACUUCCUCUCUUUAUGGGAGGUGACAGAACCUCGUUCUCUGCCUCCCUCCCUACUUUUUUGGGCCAGACCUCUUUUCACUUUUCACCUCCUCCAGCUCCUCACCGCUGCUGGUCUCCACUUCCUUCUGGUAGCUGAAAUCGAGGCUGCUGGAAGUGGGGGGAGGGGGGAGAAAGGGGUGGGUGAUAUAGGAAAUCUCAUUUAAUUUUAAAUGGUUUCAUAGCCUCACUUUUCCCGCUCGCCCGAGGUGCUUGAAGCUGCUUGCAAAGGGACGUCUUAAAAAUGAGACGAUCUCGGCAGAAUAAUUUUAAGAAAUGAUUCAGGCUUGAUGAGGGGUUUUUUUUUAUAAAAAAAAAACCCUCUGUAAGGUCAAGGUUUGCUUCCCACACCACCUUCUGUGGGGGGCAUGUGGGGGGCAGAACCAGAGGCACAUUGGGUGGAGCAUUCCAGAUGCUCAGAGGUUGCUACAACUAUGCACACGACUUCCCCCAUGGCAUCCAACAACACCUGGAAGAGCCGAAUUUCCCCUUCCCUGGUGUAUUCUCUGCUGUCAUGAGCUGUCCGGCAGGCAGGAAUUCAACAGGCGCAGUUGUGGCUUUGGCACGCCCCUUUGUGGCUGGGCCACAGUGCUGCCGGUUGACUGCCUGUCUGUCCCACAACUGCCAAUGGCACAAAACAGUGUUUGGGAUGAACAACGGCGGCUCUUAAUGGGGGGGGGCCUCUGCUUUGGGUUCAUUCCCUGGCAUCUCCAGGCCAGGCUAGGAUAGACUCCCUAUCUGAACCCCUGAAAAGCCCCUGCUUGCCGGUGCGGGGCACAGAUUGCAGCUUUCCUGUGUUACUGUUUUGACCAGCCCAGAACCCUGAGGACUGGCAUCUUUGUUUUAUUUCUAGAGACAAGGCCCCAGAGCUCCAGCUCCUGGGAGCUCCUAGGUGCCAGCCCUCCCAGUGGGCUGCGAAAGAACUGCUGGCAGUCAGUGUAGACAGUAUUGAGCUAGAUGGCCCCAAUGGUGUGACUCCUGGGAUAAUAAGGCACUUUCCCACGAUGCCUUGCCCUCACCUGGAUGUCGACCCCGAGGAGCCGUCUUCCUCAGAGCUGCUAGAUGUGUCGUCGUCGUCUUCGCUGCUGCUGCUGCUGCUGCUGCUCCCUUCCUGCUCCUUCAGCUGCUCCAGGAUCUUCUUGGCCAGUUCAGGGGGUAACCGGCGGCAGCCCCCGCGCCCUUUCACGGCCCGCUCGAUCCGUGCCCUCAGCAGUCGCCGCUGCUUCUGCCGUUCCUUGUCUGGCGACCCGCUGAGCGACUGCACUGCCUUGGUCCACAGAGCCAUGGCCUCUUCGUCGCUGGAAUCCCUGGAUGAAAGAGAAGGGCUGUGUGGCUUAGUGAGUGGAGCACCUGCUCUGCAUGCAUCUCUGGGUAGGACAGGGGGAGGCACACUGCCUCAAAGUCUCGAGAGCUGCUGCCAGUCUCAAGACUGGCCAAGAGGGACCAGCGGUCUCACUGGGUGUGAGGUGACUUUCUAUGAUUUUUUUGGUUUUGGUUUUUUUUUAAAAAAAUUAUCACUUAUUUUUACAUCCAUAUGUAAAAAUGAGGGGGCGCUCAAGGUGGCAUACACUCCCCAGAAGCUCAGUCGGUAGAGCAUGAGACUCACAACCUCAGAAUUGUGGGGUUCGAGCCCCACGCUGGACGAAAGAUUCCUGUAUUGCAGGGGGUUGGACUAGAUGACCCUCGUGGUCCCUUCCAACUCUGCGAUUCCACAAUUCUACGAGGUAGGUUAGGCUGAGAAGCGGUGACUGGCCCAGGGUCACCCAGGAAACAUCCUGGCAGAGUGGGGAUUUGAACCCUGGUCUCCCAGGUCCCAAUAGUGUAGCGAUGGGUUGCCAGUACCUGGGGCAAGGCAAGUAUUGCGCCCCAUAACCCAUGGUUCCUGUCAGGGCCGGACGGCAGCAGCAAUGGUGGCGGAGAAGGGUCUUCUCAGCAGGGAGAAGGAAGCUGGGGAGGGGACAGGAGCAGUAGAGGCCGUUUAUUUUAUUGUUAUUAUUAGUUUCAUGAAAAUUUUACACUGCU